UGCCGCAGUAGAUAGACGUGUGGUGUAUUGUUAUUUUUCGUGUCGCGAUUAUAUGUAACGACGAUGGAUGUCCUACCGAGCGGUAACCUGUUCCGCGAACUGCAGGACGUGACUGACACGGGAUACUUUGAGUGGAAAUCCCUCGAGGAUUAUUGGGAACAGUCAAUGUACGAAAUGGAACGCUACCUCCGCGAGGAACCACGGGGAAAGCGCGGUGCCCUGUACCAGGACGCGGAAGACUGGACAGUUUCGACUACCACUCUUCCCCUGACCCCGUCGCCGUCGCCAGCCUCUCCCUUAUCACCCAUCUCUCCGGGGCUCUUCACUGUAUCCACAGUCAAAACAGAGCCUCUAAGUGACUCGGACGAGCCGAGAGAUGAGCCUCCCAGUCCUGCCCCUGCGCGUAGGCACCCCCCACGUCACAACUCCCACGCUCAUGGGACCGAUCCACGCAGGCGUGUUCACCGCUGCGAGUUUCCAGCUUGCGACAAGGUUUAUACAAAGAGUUCGCAUCUUAAGGCCCAUAAAAGGACGCAUACAGGCGAGAAGCCAUACAAGUGCUCCUGGGAAGGCUGCGAGUGGCGUUUCGCACGCUCUGACGAACUCACCAGGCAUUACCGCAAGCACACAGGCGCGAAACCCUUCCGCUGCCACCAGUGCGAGCGGUGCUUCUCUCGUUCCGACCAUUUAGCGCUGCACGCAAAGCGACACGCGUAGCCCGAGGCGAAGCAAUCCACUCCCAAAAAGCGAACCAGCAGAAGCAAGCGGCAUCCGAAACUGGUCUCACUCCUGACGGCUGGGUUUGCAAAAUAGAUUGGGUUGGAUCGUACAAAUCGCAAGCCAAAGAAACGUCGCUACAUCGUAGCAGAGUCAGCUUUGCUUUAAGUUUUUUUUAAAGUUUAAUCUCUUCCGGCCUUCUGUUUUGGUUUGUUUGAUUGUAUGUAGCUUGUUAAGUUUGUCAAAAGGCUCUUUAACGAUGGACGUUGUGAUCCUUCAUAAAAUUUGUGAGGACAAGAUUAAUUCGUCGUUAACAUUAAAGAAAAUAUACUAGUGUUUUUUUUUAAAUUCGAUCUGCGUGUUUGUUUAUGUCGUACGUCCUUUGAUAGGUCUAAUGAAUGUUAAAGAGCCGAAUUGAUAAUUGUGCCAUCACAUAAACGCGUGGACGCAUCAAAUGUAACAAUGCAUUUGAAAUAUUAUUUACUAACAAAAUUUCUCUAGUUUAAAUUGAUUUAGAUGUACAUGUUUAGAUGGAUAUAUUGCAAGUGAUGUGCGUACACGCGUUUUUAGCAUUUCGAUACGUGACAUAUUAUUUAUUGGAUCGGGAUGUUCGGCAAAUAAUCCCACCGACGCCGGCGCCCUGCACAACAUUAAUUUUAAGUUAGCAAGUGCGUCACGUUACCUGAUUAUCUUAAUAACCCCAAGUGUAGGUUAUUCGCUAAAUAUUCAACUUAUCAAACAUCUUAUAGACUCAAAUAUCAUCAGACGUUUAUAUAUCUGCGCUUUUCGCAAGCAAAGUCUCUGUUUCUGGACUGUAACAGAUUUGAGUAGCGCAUCAAGUGAACAUCCCACACUUGGGGAUUCCUGAUAGGAAAUGUUAUGCGUAUUUAAGUUUAUUUAGGUGUAAGAUAAUAAUAUAUUGCAUAUUAAAGUUUCUCAUUCCGUUUUAUAUUCUUUAGUUAUAAAUAGUUUAUGAACUUCUUAAUACUUUUUGACAAUUGUAACAGUAUUUGUACAGGCGUGAAUUUUUCAUUGCGGGGUGCCGUGAGAAUAAGCUAUCUUCAUACUAAAUUGGAGUUGCAUCAUUCUACUUAGUAUGAUUACAGUUGGAUUAUUCUAAUCUUCAGGAUUAUCCUGUUUGGGUGUUGAUUGUAAUAAUUUAAUAUUUAUAGGACAUUCAUAAGAAUUAACAUUGAUUAUAUAAUGAACUGUAAUCUGAUUGUAUCGAAUAUUUAUUGUUCGCAAUAACAAAACUCAAGCAAACCUAUGUAAAAUUUUAGUUGGUUCUAAAAGCAUUACUAAAUAUGCACAAAAUAGUAUUCUAUCUGCAUUAUGAUGCUGGGUAUUCACUUAUUCUUUUUCUGUUGGUGCUUCUUUAUUACUGUUUAUUUCAAGCAUGGAACUAAUACUUGAAAUUCCCUUAAAAUCAUUGAAAAUAAUCCAGUUGCCUAUAUGCAGUAUAUGUGUUAUAUAAUAUAAUAAUAAUAUAAAUUUAAAUAUCUAGGAAUACUAAGCAUGAAACGACUGGCUCGUAACUGCCGUAUAUAGCAUCUAAGUAUUUCUACCGUUGGGUGAACGUUAAAUAUUUUAAAGUACUGAGUGAUCACCGGCUGUUAAAUAAGAAUUUAAAUCCGGGGCCAACAAUUUCCUCCCAUUUCACGGAAUUAUAAUCCACAAAACACCAUUGUAUUAAUGCUUCCGAUAUUGAGACACCACGGGUGCCUCAUAGCUAGUAAAAUAUAAUUAAUAUAGUUUUCACAUUUUGUGACGUAAUAAAUUUGACAAUUUUUCGUUUAGCUUAAGACUUCUUCUUAAACUCAUACCAGUCCUAAUGGUAUCCUCUCAAUCGGUUGAUACUGCCAAAACUUGCUUAUGUAUUUUUAGGAAACCAAAUAUCUCUUAUAUUCCGUCUAAAUGUAAUAUAUUAAAGGGUGUUAUUGGAUCGAAAAUCUAUCUAUAUGGUUCGAAGUUUAAAUUCAUAAAAUAAGCUCUAAAUAAAAAUCAUCAAGCUGAAUAAAAAAUAUUUUUUGUUAAUUAAUUAAUGGGAUUCGUAAGAGGUUUAUCCCCGGUAAACAGGUACCUCAGAGCUAUAUAUAUAAAUUUUCCUGGCAUCGACAAUAAUACAAAAGUGUCUGGAUUUAAUUUACCAACAAAAUUCAAUUUAUCAUUCGACUAACGUACAUCGUUCACACAACGUAAACUUAUACAUAUAUACUCUUAAAUACUUCGCUUUAAAUUAAUUAAUAUUAAACUUUUGGAAAUUUUUAAAUAAAUAAAAAGUAUUAUUUCUUUUUGAGACUAACGUUUUAGUGGUUAAUCUGACUGCUCUGUGACGUCAGCUGCGCUAGAACCUUUGCUAAAGAUUGCCAAAAUUUAUUGAUAAUACACCAUAGCUUAAUCGUGACGUCAUAGCUGGCAGCAGGUGUUAGGUUAACAAAACUUUUUUUUACUAAGAAAAUAUAUCGAACGAAAUUUUUUAGUACCUAUAAGCGAUUUAUAAAAUGUGAUUCAUAGUUAGUUAUAAUGAAUGUGGGAAAUUGGUGUUUGGGUAUGUGUAAUAUGCUUAUACUGUCUUAGAUGUGAUUAGGCUAUUUAUUUAUGUAUGGCUGAUCGCGUAGCACGAGUAGAAAAAUAUAUAAUACUGUAUCUAAAAUUUAAUAUUGACGUUGUAUGGUAUAUACAUAAAAUAUAGAAAAUUUUCGGUAAUAAAUAACGCGGCUGUGUGUUUUUGAAUCAACUUUAGAUAGGUUUAAAGUAUGGACCUACUGAAGGUUGGAAGCGAGAGAUUCGUAUCUUUUCUAUGUGAGCUUCGUCACAAUUGAUAUUUAAAAAGUAUUUUUACUAUAGAAAAUAAGCUUUACUUUUUUAUAAUUUUCUGAUAUUUGUAUUAAUGUUUAGAUGUACCAGUUCAAAUACAAAUUUACUUUACCAAUUAUUUAACCCACGAUAAAUAGAAACAAUUGGAAAGUUAAAAUGGAGAUACCAUUCCUAAACGAUGGAUACAGCAAGGUUUCGAGAAUAUUUUUGUAUAUUUAUAAAAUUAAUUCGUGUACAGCCAUUUCAUUUCUACAUAACAUUCCAAUGCUUCUUCGGUGGGUUGAUACAUAUCAUUGUUAUGUAAACUAAAACGUUGAUCGACAGAACUAUUUACAUUGUGUUUAUGUAAAAUGCAGAGUAUACAUCCUGUGCUAACGUGCUCUUAUAGCGAGGUACUAAUUCCUAAUUUCUUUAAGAUAAUUGUUUUAAUACCUGCUGUAUAUUUUUGCGAGGAAGGUCGAGUACGGGUUUUGUCGUUACGUCACACCAUCUCUCAACUCUCAGUCGAGAAUGUACAGUGAGGAAUGCAUUUCGUUAUUGUUGAUGUUUGUUAGAAGGAACGCUUGGUACCUGCGAUUUGUAGCUAUUGUGUUCUAGCAUUCGUAAUGCAUAAUAAUUAAAUUAUUAUAAUGGUGCGCUUUCUUUGCAAUAUUAGCUUGUUUCAUUGUUGUUUGAAUAUAUCUAUAGAAUGGAGACCACGCAUUGGUUAGGGAUUAUUCCACCAGAACAUCAAACCAUGACAAUAUUCUGAGAUUACUGUCUCGUUGUAUAGUAAUACUUUACAUUUUGGUUGAUCAUUAUAUCGAAGGACAAGUAUUUUUCGUCCAUUGGGUGUGUCUCCAUUAUUGUUAAGUAUGUUGCAAUACAAUAUUAAAAUGUCGAUUUUUGUUUUACAGUUACACAACAAAAUUUUAUACAUUACUGUAGGUUAAUAUAUUUAAUCUCAUUAAAUUUUAUAUACCCAUAUGUAAGUAAAAUUGUUGUACCUAGUUAUGAAAACAAGGUAUGACGUAAUUUCUUGAAACUUUAAAAUCAUAGACACUUGUGGCAAACGAUAGUUCUUGAAAAUAAUAAAUUUCAACUAGCUGGAAGUGACUGACCCCAAUCGUCGUUCCAUGUCUGACAAACAAUCAAAGUUUAACUGUAACAGAAUAGUAGUAAUGCAUGUUUCUACUUAAUACGAAUUAAGGACGAAACUGCUUUUGCAAUUUCGCUACUUUUGCUAACUAAUCUGGCCACAAAUGUCUUGGUUAUAUUUUGUCUAAUAUAAGAGUUUAAAAGAUUUUUAUUCAUAUUGUCUUCAUUUAACGUUCUUUGAUGAUUUUUCAAUCACUCAAUUAAACGGUUGUGGCGAACCAUGAGCAUUGUUUGAAGCCACGGAGAUGUUCUUAGGCGAAAUUUGAUUUAUUCCUUGAGACAUGCUGACAGACUUUAAAUUAGUAGCGGGCGAAUGUUUACGCACGGCCCAAAUGACUGUAUUGAUGCCCCUGAGAUGGUGAUGUGGACGACACGAUGAUUUAAUUUCGAGAUAUUAACAGCUGAACGGUAUAAUACGGUCUCAAAGCUUAGUAAGUUUUGAACUGCGUCAUUUGCUAGGAUUUCCAACGUGAAAAUUUUAACUUCGCUUAAGUACAUCGCCUCUCUGAAACUAUUUGUUGGUUACAUCAUAAGGCCUAGUACGAUUUGAAAUCGAAUGAAAUUCCAGUGACUAUCGAAUACGUAACACCUAACAGACAAGUUUGGAAAUCUAUUUAACGCCAACAUCUGCGGAAAAUAAUUAUACGAAAACUCUUUUUGUUUAGUUAUUAUAGGCUCUGUAAUAAUUUGAUCAAUUCAUGUUUCAGCUGGUUUUUAAUCAACGAUUUACUCUGAUUAACACAGUUGAAUGCAUAAUUGUAAUGGUUGUAAUAAUAUAGCCUAUAAAUUAUAGAGCUAUUAAUAACUCGUUUGUCUUGUCGAUAAAUGUUCAUUCGAUAGCAAGUAAUACUAGGCCUACUGUAUUUUAAAUGUGUAACUUGUAAAUAACAUAUAUAGCGAUGAUAUAUAUAUUGGUAUGUAAAUUCGUAUGUCAUAAAUUAUUUGUUCGUAUUAUAUACUAAAGGUAAGUAUAUAGCGUAUUUGUAAGACCGCCACUGCGCGACUAAGUAGUUACUGUAUCUAUUUUAUAUUCAUAAAUUUUUCUUAUAUGUGGUUCAA